AUGACGAGAUCAUAUCAUCCAAUUACUCUCGAAAGUGUUAUAGGUAAGAUAAUGGAAAGAAUUGUAAAGAAUAGACUUACUUGGAGAAUAGAAGUGGAAGGAGGCAUUGCAGCAACGCAAUAUGCAUAUAGAAAAAAUAAAUCUUGCACACAAACUGUAUUGCGAAUUGUUAACUUGGUAGAAGAGGCACAUAACAAUGAUGAAAAGAUAACAUUGGUACUGAUGGACUAUGAGUCAUGUUUUGAGAGGAUAUGGAGAGCAGGCCUUAUGAAGAAAGCCACAAAUUCAGGAGUGAAGGGUAGAAUGUGGAUGUACCUCAAGAACUUUUUAACAGACAGAAAUUACUAUAUUAAAGUCAAUGAUUACUCUUCAGAAGAACUGACAUCCAAGGUUGGAAUCCCACUGGGAUCUGUUUUAAGCCCGACAUUGUGCAACAUAUACACUAGUGAUUCCCUUGAUAAUGUUGGAGGUAAGCAUGCAGAGUAUGCAGAUGAUGUCAGUCUACUUAAUCAAGCCCCAGACCUAAAAGAAGUUGUACUGAAAACAAAUGAAGACCUAGACAGAAUUACAAAUUGGUGUAACAAAUGGAACAUGAAAGUAGCUCCAGAGAAAACUAGUGCAAUGAUAUUCUGCAAGAACAGAGAUGAUAUUCAAAGUAUAUGUGAGGACAUUAGCAUUGAACUAGACAAUAAGAGAGUCGAAAUAGUGCGCAGCAAGAAAAUCCUUGGAAUAACAUUGGAUGACAAACUCAGUUUUCAAGAACAUAUAGCUGUAAAAACAAAAUCAGGAUAUGAAGCAUUGAGAAACAUAGAUGUAUUUAUCAAUCAAAAUGCUGGUUGUACUCAAUCUAAUUAUAUGAGAUUGUACAAAUCCCUGGUCUUACCUGUGAUAGACUAUGGAGCACCCAUAUUUAUAACAUCAAAUGACAGCUACUACAGACAAUUCAAUGGGGUACAAAGAAGUGCAAUGCUAAAAGCAACUGGAUGUGUUUCAACUACCAGUACAGACACUUUAGAAAUUCUUACUAAUUGCACCCCAAUGGAACUUCAUAUGAAAUUGCGACAGUGUCAGGAAUUAGUAAGAAUAGCAGAAAAAAGAGAGACAGACCCUCUAAAAAAAGAAUUCAAUACAUGGAUGUCAGAAUGUCAGAACUCGAAAGGCAGACCAAAAACAUUCCAGUUAAUGAUCAGUAGAUUCAAUGAAGUAAGAGAAGACAUCAAGUUAGAAAACAUUGAACAGGAAUUCCAGUACAGCAAAGAGCAUCUUGGGUUAUCCAGGACCAAAGAGUAUGUCCACACAGAAACCUUUCAUACCUCAAAGGAUAUGCAGGUAUCAAAUAUAAAAGACAUUUUAGGCACAUGUAAAGAUAACUGCAUAUUAGCAUUCACAGAUGGAUCUGCCAUUGGGAACCCUGGUCCAACUGGAGCCGGAGCUGCAGUAUACUUAAAUGGCUAUGACUCUAUCCCAGUUUUAUUAAAAAGGUCAGUGAGCAAAAGGGGAAAUAACUUUUCUGGGGAAAUUGUUGGUAUUGAAAUUGCUCUGGAAUUCUUGACUGAAGUAACAAGUCCAACUGCUAAGAAGAUACAUAUAUUUACAGACUGUCAGGCAGCAAUAACAUCAGUGUUCUGUAAAGAAGUACCAACAAAAAUGAUAGAAAACAUCAUCACAAUCAAGAAAUAUUUGGCAAACCUACAAGACAGAAAAUAUGAAAUAGAAAUUCACUGGAUCCCAGGCCAUAAAGAACUUACAGGAAAUGAAUUGGCAGAUUCUCAGGCAAAAGCAGCUGCAUCUGAAAUGUGUACAUCAGAUACUGAGGAGAACACAGAGAAGAGAGAUGCAAGGGAAGUUGUCAAAAUUAUGAAAGAAAACAUAAAAGAAAAAUGGAACAACAAAUACAGCCUGUCAGAAAAUGUUGAAAAUAUUCAAGAAGUUUAUCAGCAAGCAGGAGUUAGGUCUUGGUGGGAGAGGAAAACAGGGAAACUUUUUGUAUGA